AUGACUGACAAAUCUGUGAUGGAUGCUCUUGAUCUCUUGGUUGCCACUGAUGAAUUAUUAUUAACUGAAUUGUCAGAUCAUGUACAAGAUUAUCUUCUUCAUCAACAAAAUACUUGGCUUCAGAAUAAUCUUAUUGUGCUUUGGCAGAAAGUUCAUCUUAUUGAAUCUUGUCGCAAACUUCAAGAAACUAUUUUACCUCCGGAUAUUUUGGAAGAUAUUAUGAGGUACCAUUUGAAACCUGCUUGUCCUCCACAACCUGUUGUAUUGGCCCGAAGAUUGCAAUUUGAUUCCGCGCUUAUUAGACCUUAUAGUUUCCUGUUUACUUUUGGAGAUAGAGGUAUGGUCGAAGAUGCAAAAUUGAGUCGUGUGUCAAGACAAAGAUCUUAUUAUGCUAUUCGAUUCAAUGGAAGAAGUUAUGGCCCAUGUUUUGGUGACAAAGAUCUUUCUAUGAAAGAUAAUUUCAAUUUAGAAGGAAGUUGUUCGUGUCAAAAAGAUGACUAUUUAGAUAGUGUUACCGAUUCCACUACUUUUUCGGUUGACGAUUAUGAA